AGCCCACGGGAGUGAACAUUUUAUAGGGAAGCUUUUUAUACUUAUUGUAAAGUAAUAGAAAGCGUAGCAAGAAUUAAUACUAAAUUUAAAAACCAGGAAUGAGGAAACGGCUUAUAGUGCGAAGUUUAACAUGUUGAACAGUGAUAUAUUCAAAUUAGAGUGAGCUUUAAAAUAUAUUAAACAAACUUGUUCUAAUACCAAGUUAUAUUAAAUAUGUCUGAAAAAGUAAAAAAAAUGAACAUCUUUGUUUAUUUCUCAAUUUGCAUUAUAUUAAUUAUAGUGGCAAAAACAAAAGCUAAAGUGAUAAUUUUAAAACAACAACCAUGCUCCAUUGUCGAUAACAAUGCUAUUGUUACCAUAUUAUUCAGUACAAAUUUAGAAAAAACAACAGCACUGCACUUUUCAAAAUUUGAUAAUGCUACUGAUAGAAUUGCUAAAAUGUCCGAGGUUUGUCAAAUACGAAUCCACGAAGGAAAAUGCCGUUUCCAGUACAAUAUAAAUUGUAACUGUACACAAAACCCAAAACACGGUCUUCAAAUUACUUUGCAAGUAGACUCGAUAACAAAUUCUUCAUAUUUGAUGACAGCAAUUGAAGCCGAAGAAACAUAUUUGUAUGAAGAAGAAACCAAGUUAUGUGAUGAUCAAGUUGUAUUCAGUUUGCAGUCUGAUAUAUCCAAGAGAAUUGAGUACGCUAUAAUAGUUGCUGGAGUGAUGUUUACAGUAAUCGGCUUUGCAACGUGUUAUGCUUUAUUCAGAGGUAAAUAUAUUGAUUAUUAA